AUGGCAUACCACCAUGCCGACCCGAGAUUACAAACGCCGGAAAUUGCUCUAACAGCAUCACAAUGGACCGAGGCUCCGCCCAGUUCGUAUGAUCAUGCGCGAGAAGGCGGCGCCAUGGAGUGCUAUAUGCCGAACAAUCCGCAGUAUGAGGCGGGGGAAUGCUGCGGCGGUGGCCUCUGCUACGAUCCGCUGCAGCCGUGCCACUGUCAACAGCCAAGAGAAGACCAGUGCUGUCAGCAAGAGAACGAGGGUUGCUGUCCGGAUAAUGGGGAGGAGCUGAAUGCGCUCGGAGAUGCUAUCGCGCCUUGCGAUGUGCUGGACGUAAACGAAGGCUGGCCCUCCGAGGACAUGGGAUCGUUUUCCCUGCCCCCGCUCGAACUGGACCCCCUGCCGUCGCUCUUCCCCUUCUCCCCCUGUCCGGGGUACAACAGGAACAACGGGGGGGAGUGCCGAGAGAGGGGCGGGGGUGAGGCUGCCGACGUCCUCCUCUCACUCAAGCACGCGGUCGUCCACGGAGACUGCGCCUCCGAAGCUGUACACCCACAGGUGAUGGUGAACAGCAAUGGUGGGUACCCAUAUUACGAGCAUUAUGGGGGCGCUCCACUUUUUCCCACCAUGAGCGUCAACGUGUCAAUGAAUAUGACAAUGCAUGGCUGCCCUCCAGACCAAUUGUGCUCACAGGUACAGUGGAAUCAAAACCCUUCAACGCCCUCCGUGAACGUAGUGUACCCGCAAACGCAGAGCAUGAUCAGCCCCAACUCCUAUCCAUCAGCCACGUAUUCCUUUACAGCAGAUUUUCGACCUCCCAACCAAUCCGAUCCGCUGAUAACAGCCUCGUCCACCUUUAAGCCAAUACUCCAAAACCCGCAGAAGACAAAUCACAACUACGCGAUAUUCCAACAAAAACAGAACUUCGCUAAUCAGAAGUCGCUAGCGAUGAAGAGGUCACCUUCGAAGAUAUACAUGCAAGAAGGACAUAAAGACCAGGGUGCGGGAGGCGGGUUCAUAAUGAACCACCAAACAUCAAUGCACCCACAGGACUACGAUUAUUCUGCUUGUGUGAGCGCGGGGAAAGUUCAGGUGGGAGCUUUAAGCGGAUGUUCGGAAGACGACGAACAAAAGCCUAACUUAUGUCGUAUUUGCGGUAAGACUUACGCCCGGCCUAGCACUUUGAAGACCCACCUUCGGACGCAUUCGGGUGAGCGGCCGUAUCGCUGUGGGGAUUGCAACAAGAGCUUCUCCCAGGCUGCUAACUUGACGGCUCAUGUCAGGACGCAUACGGGACAGAAGCCUUUCAGAUGUCCUAUCUGCGAUCGAAGGUUUAGCCAAAGCUCCAGCGUGACGACACACAUGCGGACGCAUUCAGGGGAGCGACCCUAUCAAUGCAGAUCAUGCAAAAAAGCAUUUUCAGAUAGCUCGACGUUGACCAAGCACCUCCGGAUACACUCCGGAGAGAAACCUUAUCAAUGCAAACUCUGUUUAUUGAGAUUUUCGCAAUCUGGCAAUCUGAACCGUCACAUGCGAGUCCACGGUAACAUGUCGGCAGGGAUGCUCGGCUGACAUCUACAGAGAUGCGGCUUCCCGGCCGUAUACGUGUAAAUCUGCGAGGAUUAAAAAAAAAGCCUAGUGACUGUAUUAACUGUGCAAUUAAAAAUAUGACGUCUCAAAAAAGACGGCUGAAUGUAAAAUGCAGACGGUUGUAAAAGUGAAUGACAUUUUGUUUAUAAGAUUUUUUUUAUCUCGGCUAUAGAAUGGAAAUAGUAUGACUUUAUGAGUCUAUUGCGAUCUUUAAGCUUUCAUAAGCAUUUUAAUAUAAAGAUUACCAAAGGCUUAUGUGUUGGCCUUUAUUGAAGGCUAUUUCUAAGACACAAGGACCUUCAACAGUAUGAUAAUAUUAGCAGCCUCCUCCUGGUUUGCUAGCUUUAGUGCCUCUGAGGGGGGCCCAAUAGCCCAAUAAUAACUGUUUUACAAUACCACCGAAUCGGAAUCGCGGAAUCAGCCGACCGAUGUUACGGACUAAGUUUUGCGUCGAAUUUCCGACAAGUUUUAGGA